AUUUUGAUCCAAUCCCACAAUGGCGCGGCCGACUGCGACCUCAGACCCUGCCCUCCGGCGCGGGCCCGUCACCAGCGAGAAGCCUGUUCGCAAGCGUCGCCUGGACUCGCGCGUGACCUCUGCGAAGAAGCCCAAGAUCACAGAGGCGCCAGCCAAACCUCUGAGCGAUUCUCGAUCGGCGGAGCUUGCAGCGGAGUUCGUGGACCACGACGUCGCAUCGAUCUACAAGGUAAUCCACAAGACGACGGGUGCACUGGGUGGCAACGCUGCAGGCGGUGCUAUCUACGGCGAGAUUACGCGCAACUCAAUGGGCAAGAUCCUCGAGUAUAUGCAGAAGAACUGCGAGCUCGGCCGCGAUUCGGUGUUCUUGGACAUUGGCAGCGGCCUCGGCAAGCCCAACUUCCACGCCUCGAUGACGCCCGGCGUUGCAGUCUCGUACGGCAUUGAGCUUGAAGACCAGCGCUGGCAGCUCAGCUUGUCGAACCUUCAGGGUGUGCUCAAGACGUCAACGCUCUAUCCGAAAGUCAACCCAGUCAUCUUUACGCAAGGUGACAUCACCGACGCCCUGUCGCUCGAGCCGUUCUCGCACGUCUAUAGCUUUGACGUUGGCUUCCCGCCCGCAGUCAUGGCGCACGUUGCCGAAUGCUUCAACGAGAGCGCAUCGGCGCGCUACUUCAUCAGCUUUCAUCAGCCGCGCAAGGUCCUCGAGCAGUACGGCUUCGAGGUCGACGAGAUCGGUCGCCUCGGUACGUCUAUGGCAGGCUCGAGCGAAGGCCACACGGUCUACUUCUAUCGCAAAACAGCGUUGUCCACGCGCACUAAGGAGACGAAGGAGAAGAAGGUCGACCCGCUCUUCGGCACCGGCUUCCAUGUUGUGCAGCAAGGCCACGACGCGGUGCUCUCGUGGGUUGAAGCGCAAUUCGCCCAACGCUUUAGCCAAGGCCGGACGCGCCGCCAAGUGCAGCUCGCCAAAGCCGCAACUCCAUCUAGCUUGCGCGAGAAGAAACUCGAGACAUUCUACAAGGUCGUGCGUCGGGGACCUGUCAGCGUCAAGGCAAAGUAGGUGCCGGACGUAGAGGGCCGAGUACGAUAAGGUGCAUAGUAAUACAUGCUGCAUUAGACCAA